CGGCGCCCCGCUCUCACAUCAGAGGGGUUCCAUCUCCUUCGCUCUCUGCUCUUCUCCCGCAGCACAGCUUCUAUUCCCGCACUUUGCUCUCCACUCUUUUCGUUUUCAAGUGAACGAGCCACCAUGAGUCGAAUCUCCAUGAGAAAAUCAACAAGCGGGGGUGGAAGCAAGACCUUCAGCUCAGGUUCUGCUGGCUUAGGCGGAGGUUUUGGUGGUGGUGGUGGUGGCGGCAGAAGCAGCUUCAGCUCGGUCUCUGUCUCUCGAGUUGGAGGAGGAAGAGCUGGUGGCUUUGGAGGUGGUGGUUUUGGCAGCAGAAGCCUAUACAGCCUAGGUGGAAAUAAAAGAGUUUCCUACAGUACCGGCGGCGGAGGUCUCCGGAGUGGAUUUGGUGGUGGUGGAGGAUACGGUUUUGGUGGAGGAUCAGCCAUUGGCUUUGGUUACGGUGGUGGAGCAGGUGGUGGGUUUGCUCUCGGUGGAGGUGGCGGGUAUGGGUUAGGUGGUGCUGGCGGUGGCUAUGGGUUGGGUGGCCCUGGGUUCGGUGGAAGGGGUGGCCCUGGGUUUCCCGUUUGUCCACCUGGCGGCAUCCACGAAGUGACCGUCAACCAGAGCCUCUUGGCGCCGCUCCACCUGGAUAUCGACCCGGAGGUCCAGAAAGUGAAAGUGCAGGAGAGAGAACAGAUCAAGACCCUCAACAACAAAUUUGCCUCCUUCAUCGACAAGGUCCGAUUCUUGGAGCAACAGAACAAAGUAUUGGAGACCAAAUGGACUCUACUGCAGGAACAGGGUCAGACGACUGUCAAACGGAGCCUGGAGCCUCUUUUUGACGCCUACAUUAAUAACCUCAGGAGGCAGCUAGAUAACCUUUUGGGGGAGAGAGGAAGGCUGGAUUCAGAACUGAGGAACAUGCAAGACAUGGUGGAGGAUUUCAAGAAUAAAUAUGAAGAUGAAAUCAACCGGCGCACAGCUGCAGAGAAUGACUUUGUGGUGCUCAAGAAGGAUGUGGACGGCUCCUACAUGAACAAGGUCGAGUUGCAGGCCAAAGCAGAUGCGCUGGCCGAUGAAAUUAAUUUCCUGAGAGCGCUGUAUGAAGCGGAACUGAGCCAGAUGCAGCAGCAGGUCUCCGACACCUCCGUCGUCCUGUCUAUGGACAACAACCGAAGCCUGGACCUGGACAGUAUCAUCCGGGAGGUCAAAGCACAGUAUGAGGAGAUUGCCAACAGGAGCAGAGCUGAGGCAGAGUCUUGGUACCAGACUAAGUUUGAGGAGCUGCAGAUCUCCGUUGGGCGGCACGGUGAUGACCUGCGCAACACAAAGGUCGAAAUUUCCGAGAUCAACCGGAUGAUCCACAGGCUGCGGAAUGAAAUCGACAACGUGAAGAAGCAGUGCGCCAGCCUGCAAGCGGCCAUUGCCGAGGCCGAGGAGCGCGGCGAAAUGGCCCUCAAGGACGCCCGAGCGAAACUGGCUGAGUUGGAGGAUGCCCUGCAGAAGGCCAAGGCAGACUUGGCGCGCCAGCUGCGGGAGUACCAGGAGCUGAUGAACGUCAAGCUGGCCCUGGAUAUCGAGAUCGCCACCUACAGGAAGCUGCUGGAAGGAGAGGAGAGCAGGCUGGCAGGAGAGGGAGUUGGACCCGUGAGCAUCUCGGUGGUCAGUUCCUCGACUGGAUACAGUGGCGGAGGCAGCCUGGGAGGAGGAUAUGGAGGUGGGCUUUCCCUGGGAGGUGGCGGAGGAGGUGGCGGCUACAGUCUCGGCAUGGGAGGCGGGAGCGGAUUCGGCCUUGGCGGCGGCGGCGGCGGCGGCGGCGGCGGAUAUGGCUACGGAAGCGGGAUGAGCAUUGGAGGUGGCAGCGGUUUCAGCUCUGGAAGUGGAAGAGGCCUGAGUGGAAGUCUGAGCUCCGGAGGGAGGAGCGGCUCCAGCGUGAAAAUCGUAUCCAAGACCACGACCAGCAAAAAAUCCAUCAGAUAAAGACGAGGCCCCCAGCGAUCCCCGCAUGAAUGAAAACACGUUUCCUACCUACUGAAAGCAAGUGCAGCCCUUAGAAAUCCAUUGUGUAAAUAGCUGAGCUAAUCCCCACACUCAAGUCCUUUCACCUUUUCCCCGUGGAUUGGGUACAGCCAGGAUCUUACCAUGGAAAUCAGGAAUGUUGUAGGCCAAAGCAUUGCUUGCAAUCUGUUUCACCUGUGGGGUUCUGACCGGCACAGAGGCCAGACCGUAUUCCUGAUUCGGCACGUGCUUUAAUGUUCAUUCCCAUUGGAAUCGUGAACUUAAAGAUAAGCUGAAGCACUUUGCUGAAUCGGGACCCGUCUGAUCACCACGGCCAGUUAAAUCCAUCGCUUACAGCUGAUGGGAAAGGGGAUUUCCAUUUACAUGCUGUGCGAACGUGCCUAGAUAUAUGUUGCCUGAAAUCCCUUUCCUGUUUGGGCAUGUUCAUUUAAUUCACAGUAGAAAAGAAAAUUAUAGCGGCAGCCUCACAAAAUUACAAAUCCAUCUGUUCUAGCCAAAGAAAAUAGUUCCACGACUCUAUAAUAAGGUAAGAUCUGUGUCCCAACAUGUGUUCUAAGCUGCGGGUGUCUUCCUGGCAACUAAAAAAAUAUCUUCAGCGCCGUCUUUUUUGUGAGUGAUCCGGUGGAAAAGGUGAUUGCUUUUUUGAUGUAUAAACUCCAGCACUGAUUUCUAAUUCUUUGUCCUCAUGGCUACAGCCCCCUGACUUUCGGGAGUAUGGUACUGUAUGUCCAAUAAACAGCAUCUGUCAUUUUUAAA